CCAAAAAAAGAGACUUCCUUUACAUCGGCGAUGUGUUGUAAAAGCCAUGUCGUGCUUGUUAUGCCCUCUAGUAGACUGCAGUGUAGUGCUACAGUGUAGCGUGUAACAAUGAUUUUUUGAUAGUCACAAUGACAUGUUAUGUAAUGACAUGCAUUUUUUUUGUAACCUUAUCCUUUGUGUAAUCAAGAAUGCUGAUUAUAAUUAUUAAUUAAAAUUUAAUAAGCUGCCUAUGCCGCCUUUCAUUCUUUAUCAUUCUAUGGAUAAUAAUUUAAAAUAAUCAUGAUAAUAAUGUAACAUUACAUUGACAUAAAACCAACAUGAAUUUAAAGCUAAAACAUAUUCUAAGGUGCCUUGGACUUCAACCAAAAUAUCCACCUUCAAGUGUUUUUGUGAGCCUCAAUGUGCUUAAGAAGAGAAAGCCUGGACUUUCGGCAGCUUCAACUAAGGCUGUCAUUAAAAUAAGCAUCUGGUCUUGCAUUUUUAUCCUUUUAUCAUUUCUUGCAGUUUACACUAUCUUGUUAGCAUAUGUCGAUAAGACACUUUAUCCUUCUAUUAGUGUGUCUCAUUUUAACAAAAAAAUCAAGCUUCAAGGGCGAUUUUCAUUAAAAAAUGGUCAUAUGGGUGCAAUGGCUAAACUUUCUACAGAAACCCCAGAUUCUUUAUCCAGAAAUAAAACUUUCUGGAAUUCAAGUACACUUUACCAAGACAUUGAUUCUUUACCACAGUGUAAAUGGCAAAUGGUCUUUCGUAUUCUUGUAACAUCCGCAGCAGAGAAUAGUGAAAGGCGGGAUUCUUUAAGAAAAAGUUGGUGCGACCCUACAAAAUUUCCUGCUGUUGCAGACCAUGCUUGGCAUUGCAUCUUUUUAAUAGGAAAAACGGAAAAUAAAGAAGAGAAUGCACAAAUUAUUAAAGAAAAGGAAAUUCACAAAGAUAUACUCAUUGGUAACUAUAUAGAUUCUUACCGUAACUUGACUUUGAAGGUGAUUCAUGGAUUUAACUGGAGUGCUAAUUAUUGUCCAAGCUCAUAUAUUAUAAAAACAGAUGAUGACUGUUUUGUCAAUGCUGGAUUAGUACAUGACUUUCUUCUUCAUUACAAUGAACACACAAGUGGUUUGUAUGCUGGUAGUGUUCUUGUAGACCCUGAAAAAUUGAAAGUUAUUCGAGGAGACACUAAAAGAUGGUCUGUUAGUUAUAAGGAGUAUCCAUCUGAGUAUUAUCCUCCAUAUGCCAGUGGCAUGGGCUAUAUUUUAUCAUUAGACAUUGUUAAACAGUUGGUAGUUGAAAGUCAGUAUGUGCCACCUUUCGCCAAUGAGGAUGCUUAUGUAGGAGUUGUUUUAUCAAGGCUGAGUGUGAAGCCAGUAAGCAGCAGUAGGUUUGUCUUAAGUCCAAGUGGUUUAAGUGCGUGCAACUAUCGUUAUGUUUUUGUUGUACAUGGCGUAGAGAAUGAGCAGCAAUCUGCUCUGUUGACUAUGACCUUGGAUGCAGCUGCUUCUUGCAAUCACAGUUUGAUAUCAAGCUGGAAUUGAGAUAUCUUCAGAUUUUUUUGGUGGAAACCUUUCUUCAAAAUGCCUACAAAACGGAAGCUCAAAUUUAAUGCUUUGGCUCUUCUAAGGCAUUUGGCAUUGGACAAAAUCGCAUAAAACAUCAUGGUUAUUCCAAAAGAUCUAGAAAUCGCUUGGAAAUGGUUGAAUUUAACAUUUACCUAGAUUGCAGUGGUGUAUUGAUACAUAAGUUGGCAUUAACCUUCUUGUAAUCUGUUUUAAUUGACUUAUUAACAAAUGACCUCACUUGUAUAAGACAUAACUUUUAUUCUAGUCAUACAAAGUCAGAAUUCUGUAAGAAGUUAUGUGUUGUGCUUUGUAAAUAUGUAAACAUAUUUUAAUUUAUGUAUAAACAAGAAUAUAAUAAAUUUUGUUAUCUGUGUAAGUUGUAGUUUACAAGGUGAUAGGUGAGGAUUACAUUGCUUGGUUAUUUACUGUAUAGAAAGAUAUUUCUAGUAAUUAUCUUUUAACUAAGAAAUUCGAAGUAAUAGUGAUACACAUUUAUGUCAUUAGUUUUCUUUUUUUGAAAUUUAAACCAGUUUUGUGCCAUAGUUUGACAUUAUUUUUUAUCUAGACUCGUCCAUGAGUUCCUGUACAUAUUUAAUAAUAGAAUCUUUGUUUCUGUAUCACGCUAUAUUUAUGUUAACUAUAGCUGUUAAUUGUUUAAAUAUAUGACUCUGAAUAUUCUGUUAAGCAGGUUUUUAAAAAUUAAUUUUGAUGUAAUUUAUUUAUUUUUUACCUUUUCUUUUCCACUAUCAAAAAAAAAAUGUUUUUUUUUUUUUUCAAUUUUUCUCAAUAGCCUUCUGAUAAAUUAAUUGGUAUUAAGCUGUAAUAAAAUGUGUCGAUUUGGUUGUCCAUUGCCCCCUUUUUUUCUUCCCAAAACUAAAUUAUUUUGCUGGUUCACAUCUUCCACAUGCUUUGAUUGUAAAUAGUGGCGUGGAUCAAUUGUUAUAAUCAUGAUUUACAUUCACCUAUCCCUUAGUCUGUUGGAUCUUCAUUCCUCUAUGUCUUUUGUCUUGGAAAGAGCCUCUAUCAAUGGCAGGCCCGCCCAUCUUUUAUGUUGUCGUCCCAUCACUUUCCCUGUCUGCCUCUUCUUUUUCUAGGAUCCUCCUCUCUAGCCCUACAGACUGCAUCCAAGACUUGCAAGCAUAUACAAAUGUGACCAUGACCAGGGAGGGCAUCAGUCUGACUCAUUGUAUGCCUUUGUCUUUCCAUAUUGUUUUGAGUAUUGCAAGUGCUGCUGUGGACUGUGCAAUUAUGACUAGUAGUUCAGGUUUGGUUCACUCAUCUGAGACAAUAGCUUCUAGGUAUUCAAAAUUACUGACGCUUGUCAGCUUUUUACCUCCAAUGCUGAUGCCCCUUUUAAAGCCCUCAGCUACUUCUUCUUCUGUCCCUGCUAGGUCAUCUAUGUCAUCAGCGAAGCGUAAGUAAGUAAUUUUUCUUCCUCUAAUGCUUACAGUACCUUCAUAGCCAUCGAGAGCAUCCUCCAUUAUCCUUUCAAGGAAUAUAUUAAAAAAGAGUUGUUGGGAGUAGACAGCCUUGUCUUAUUCCAACUGUGGUUUCAAACCAUUCCCCAAUGUUAUUGUUUAAGUACACCGCACUAGUGGCCUCCUUGUUAAGGUUCUGGAUUACUUUGAUUAUUUUAUUAUGUUUUUAUUUAUAUUGUACGUUUCCAUUGUUACUCAAGAGUGCCCCAUGCCAUACUCAGUCGAAAGCUUUCUUGAAAUCAAUGAAGACAUGGAAAAGAUUCUCUUGGUGUUUCUCACAGAGUACCAGUUUUCUGAGGUUAAAAAUUUGUUCUGUUGUGCUGUGACCUUGUCUAAAACCUGCCUGUUCUUCUGAUAUAAUUUUAUCUGCUAUUGGUGUUAGCUGGUUUAAUAUAAUUUUUAAUAGGACAUUGCUGUGCUGGCUUACGAGGCUGAUGGUGUGGUAGAUUGUAGUAGUCCUAACUAAUAAUUAUAAUUACCAUACUAUAAAUAGAACAAGAUAGAUAGUGCUAUUUACAAUUUUUAGAUUGUACGAGUUCAUAUCAUAAUAAAUCAAAUAUCUUUAGAUUUUAGGUGUUGAUUAUGGGUUGGCUUACUUCAUCUUUAAAUAAAAGAUGAUCCUUCAAAGAUGUAUAAAUUGUAAUAUCUGUUGUAGCUCCUCCUCUUCCAAAGUUAUUUUCUUUCUAUUACCGAUACUAGUGACCUGUCACAGCCAUUAACUGUUUUUUUUUUUUUUUUUGUAAAUAUCUAUGUGUACAAAUUAAUUUAAACACUAUUUAUAUUCAGAUGUGCCAAUAUAUAUAUAUAUAUGUAUAUAUGAAAUCAUUUUAAUAUAAAUUAAAAGAUGUUUGCUUGAUUUCUUUAUUAAAUUCAAGUGUAUUUACAAAAUACUCUGUGGAGUUAACAGAUUCAGUUAAAUAGCAUAAUGACUUUUCUUUGUGGUUUUCUAGGAAAUGUUAAAACUGUAUAUAUGUUUGUAUCUAUGAACUCACUGCUUGGCCAAGUUGAGUAGAUAUUAAUGGAAAGUCUUCCAAUUUGUGCUUUAAAAGGAAGAAAAUAAAUGUGUUACUUGGAAGAUUGUCAUUUCUAAUUAGGUAUUGCUUGAAUUUAGCUUGCUUGACCCCUUUAAUGUGUUCACCUUUACCUGCAAUACGUUUUAGUACUAGGUACACUAGAGAGUUUUAGAUUCUGGAUACUGUGAUAUUCCUCAAUUGUUUAGUUAAUUUUUUAAUUUUAAUGACAAGUAUCUCACAUCUUGUACAAGUUUUGAGAUCAAUGUUGUUAAAAGUUGUUUUUCUCAAUGAAAAGAUAGUUAAUACUUAAAUUCUUUAGAUUAAAUCAAAAAAAAAAUAUUUAUAUGAACGAAAACUACAUGUAGAAAACCUGACAUUGUAGCUUCUUUAUAUACGGUAUAUUAGGAGAAAACAUGUUUUGUCAUUCUAUAAGGUAUUUGUUUUUAUACAGUACAAAAUGAUUAUAUUAUUGCUUGGGUAUUGUCUGAAAUACAAGGUGAGUACACAGUCAAACAGUUAACAUUUAAUUUAUUUUAGUGGUAACCUAAUUAUUUAUUAAUAUUAGGCCUCUUUGAAAAUGGACACAUUUUUUUUCCCAACUAUUAUUUACUCUUCCAAAGAUUUCAUGCUGGAUUUAUGUGUUUAAUGGGUUUGUGAAACCUUUCAUAAAAAUGACAUGCUUGUGCCUUAAAAAUGUAUUAAGGUCUACAUUUAGUGAAUAUGAUAAUACCAGUACACAUGUUGUUGGUUGUUGUUUUUUUUUUGUUAAAGAUCAAUGUUUGCAGGCAGUUGUGUUUUCAUUCAUCUGCAAUUUUUAAAAUUUGUCUUUAAUCUCUAAGUGACAACUUUAAUUGGGGGAAAAUGAAAUAUAAUAUCUGUUUAAAAAAAAACAAGUUAUAAAAACUGAACUGUAGGUAUCUGUUAAUUAAAGAAAGAAUGCUUCAAAUAAUAUCUAUAUAGGGCAAUAAAUAACAUUCCCUACCAAGUGUCUUUAAUUAUAAAAUAAUAUAAUCUAAACUUGUGUAUGUUUGUGUUAUAUUUUAUAUAAAUGUAUAAGUACUAGUCAAGGUCAUUUUUAACAUGGUCGUUAAUAUUAUUUAAAUAGUAUGUCUCAUCUUUUUGUAUAUGUAGCAUCCGCAUUCUUAGUAAUAGCCCAAAUCUUGUAACUUGCCAAUACUCAAGAUAUAUCUUUUUCAUAUUGUCAUGUGACUGUUCUUGUCCAGUGGCUGUUAUCACAAUCAUUUUGGUUUCUAUGCAGUUGCAUUCCCAUCUUCAUCUCACAUGCUUUACACAGGACCUUAUGGACACAGCCACUUUUCCCUAGUCUUAGCUUGUCUAUUGAUAGGUCAUUGUUACUGGUCUAGAGCAGUGAUGCCCAAAAUACAACCUGUGACAUGGUAUUAUCUAGCCGCCCAAACAUCAGACAAAAUUGUAGGCUACCUCACACCAAAAAAAAAGGUAUCUGUCUCUAUGAUAAGGCACUGACUCUUUCUUCAUUCUUUGCUAUUCUAAUAUUCAUUAAAAAAAAAAAAUUCUUGUAAAAAAAAAAUAUGUUUUAAUUUUUAGGCCACAUGAAUCUUUUGUUACCGUAUUUUUAAUUUUUUGAAAUGUCUGUUGCUGUCUUGAGCUAGCCUUGUAUGUGCAACCCAGGGCAUCAUUCUGGUAUCAACGCAAGUGGUGCUUUACCAUUUAAUAUUUGUGUGUGAAGAAAAGUGGGAAAGUAUGAUUGGACGUCAAAGCAAACAUGCAACAAGUUUUAUCAUAAAAGCUGUCAAUUAAUUUUAUUUUUAUUUUUUGUUGAUAUGGCCCCAACAUGAGUGUCAAAAAUUUAAAUGACCCAUUGGCUGAUGUGGAUCAUUGGGCAUUACUGGUUAAGAGUGUGCCAUUAAACUCAACCUGGAUUGUGCUCAGUUUGAUAAUACCUGCAAUGAAUAAAUUGUAGGUUGUAGAUCUUAUGAUAUUAUUUUUUAAAUUUACUGCCAUGCAUGUAAGCUAAUUAAUUUCUGGAUAAAUUAAACUGAUAAUGUGAUCACCUGAUAAAUCUUGUUACAUCAGUAGAGUGUUGACAUGUGUUGUAUUUGGUGUUAGCUAAGUCUUUAAUUUAUCUAUACUUAUGUUUUUUCUAAUCUUAAUUUAUUUUCCUACUAUUCAAAGUAUACUUGGUAGUUUUAAACUAUAACAAAUCUUGCACAAAUUAGAAAACCUUUUUUUUACUUCUCAGUGCUAUUAGGUCCCUUAUUUUGGCAUCUUGAUAUGGUAUGCAUCUUUGAAAGACACCAUCAUUACAUAAGACCACCUAUUUAGCUAGUUUUAGGUAUGACUACCUGUAAUCUCAGCUCUACCUCUAGCUAAUCUCAGAUUCACACUUCACAAAGAAGCAAAUAGUGAUGGUCUAUGACCAUCUGUUCAAUAUUUUCUUUAAAGUGUCUGCACUUUGUAAUCUUAAUUAUUGUCUUCAAUAGGUGGCAUUGUCGUCAGUGGUCUUCAUAGGUAAUUGGUUGUGAAUAAUGUGUUUGAGUACAAAUUGGGUUAAUUUUUUUUUUUGUUUGAAGAAUUCUGGGAUAUAUGAAAGCAGGUUGGUGUCUCAAGACUUGACGUCAUUCUGUCUUUGCUUAAUGUGUUAAAAGAAAUGGAUAAAUACUUAGACCAUCAAUUGUUGGUCAGUUUGUUUUUCCUCUACUACUUAAAGAAGGCUUGAGUUUAUGAUAUUAUUUAAACACAACAUGAUAUCCUCAUUGCUUUUGUCAGGCUUUACAUUUUAAAUCACUUUGUCCAUGAUAUGAUAACCUGUCAGUUGAAACAAAAAUUGAGGUCUUCCCUUGUCUGUCAUAUGUUAUGCUAGGUUGUUCCUUAUUCUGAAAUGUAAUUUUUUGUUUUCCCUAUUACAUUUUUUAUAGGAUGACAAGGAUUUUAAAUGACUUUUUUAGUUUUUAAGUUAAAAAGCAAAACAACAUUCGAUGUGUAAGAUAAGAUGUUUGUAACAAAAAAAGUUCUCAAGUUUUACUAAUAAUUUUUCCCAUGCUAGGAUAGUAAAUUUGUUUUUUGACUGCUCCUAAUAAUUAUUUACUCAGAAUCAUUUUUGAAAUGUUAAAAUGCCAGUGUUCAGUAAAUAAACAUGUUUAUAAUUGUAAAUAAAUAUAAAAAUAUAGAUUUACAAGUGGGUAUGAAUGUGUAAAUAUUUUUUAUUUGUUUUUUUAAUGAAAACUUGUUUGCAUGACCCGUUUGUCCUUAGAAAGUUGUGAGUGUGUUUUGUAGAAUAUUUUCUUUGUGUCUCCGUAAUUGGAAGUUCUAGUCUUUUGAUUUGAUUUUUUUUUUUUUUUGGGUUGUGCGUUUCUUAUGCUUGAACUUAUCUAAAUUUAUUUCAUUUUCUGUUGAGUCAAAAUGUAGGAUUUCUGGAAGUAUGAAAAAAAAACAACAGCAGAAUUGUAUGUAUACAUGUAAUACUUGCUUCUAAUGUCUCUUGUAUACAUGUAAUACCUGUUUCUAAUGUCUCUUGUAUAUUAUACCGGUACUAAUACAAUCUUUGUUAAUUGAA